UGCAUGAAGCAUUAAAUAUAGUCGAAAACAAUUACAUAGUUUGCCUGUAAAUCACGGGAUGAAUCUUUUGAGCCUGUUAGUCCAUGAUUGGACAAUAAUUGCCAAAUAAAAACGAAAGUCAGUGUCGCGCGGGGUUGCAGGACAAGGUCGAUGGGACCUACGAGACCACUGGCCUCUUCAGACUGCAAGUCAGUCAAGAGGAAUUCGGGGAAGGACAAGAAUAAUUGAACAAGCUUUGUGUCCUGCAUUUCAGUGACAUCAGCUGGAAUGGAACCGGACCUACAUAGCCAAACUUGCAAAGGCCAAAGGAUACCCGACCUAACGUUUUUUCUCAAUCAGGAUUAAGGUCCCUGCUGAGCUCAAAUACCUGAAACGAAAAUUACAACAUCUGCUAGGUAAUUGAACAAGCUUAAGGCCAAAGGGAACUCAGUCUGUGCAAACACAAGCUGUGAGAUACAGGGUUGAACUGCUGUAGCGCAGUGUGAUUGAGCAAUCCAUGCCAAGCUCUCGCUCUCGCCUUGGCUGGCAGGAGGCCGUGUCCACUUCAAUAAGCUGUCAGGCAAGCAAGAUUCCAUACUCUGCUUGACUUUUCAAAAAUAUCAGUCCAAACCAAACACACGCUGGCACUCCCAGCCGUUCAGAAAUAUCUACAUCUCCAUCCACACAGCACACACCACCGGUGCAAGUUGCUUGUCCGGAGGCUAGAGUUCUUCUCUCUCGCAUUCCUCCCAGAUAAGUGUUCCAGUUCACAGACACCUCUUCACGUCCGCGGCCUCCAAGGCUCCAACUCCGUGGUGCCUGUGUCAUUGGCUCGUUGCAGCUGCUCCAGUCUCCAACCCGGUGCCGACCACGCAGGGCACCUCCUGCGUAGCCUAGCUGCAGCUGUUCCGAACAGGCUCAUAACUUGAUCGAUGCUUUGAUUCACAGAAUCUUCGUCAUCCAACACCCUUUGAAAGAGAGGAUGGAGAUCACCAUCAGCGCAGCACGCUGGGCGGUGUCCAGGGCACUGAGACCCAUCUCCGAUGGCCUCAUGGAGUCUUGGGCAGCCUCUUCGAAGCUGGCCCCCAACAUCCGCGCCCUCAAGCUGCAACUCCUGUACGCCCAGGGGAUGCUAGACAACGCCCGUGGCAGGGAUGUCCGCAGCCCGGCACUGGGGCAGCUCUUGCAGGAGCUCCGCAACCAAGCAUUUGAUGCUGAUGACGUUCUAGACGAGCUGGAGUACUUCCGCAUCCAAGACGAGCUCGACGGGACCUAUGAGACCAUUGACGCCGAUGUCCGAGGUCUCGUCGGGGGCCUUGUCCUCAACGCACGCCACACGGCCGGGGCCGUCGUCAGUAAGCUGAAGCUCCCCUCAUGUUCCUGUGCUUCUGUGGUGUGUCACCAUCGUAGAAAGCCAAAACUCAAGUUUGAUCGGGUGGCCAUGUCCAAACGGAUGGUGGACAUAGUUGAGCAGCUUAAGCCAGUGUGUGCUAUGGUCUCUACAAUUCUAGAUCUGGAGCUGCAGGGAACUAUAGCCUCCACUGGCAUCUCAGCCCAACAAGGCACUGCUUUCAACCAAACCACCAGAACCACCACCCCACAGAUUAUAGAGCCAAAGUUAUAUGGGAGGGAUGAUUUGAAAAAGGAUGUCAUAGAUGGAAUAACCUCUAAAUAUCAUGUCAAUGAUGAUCUCACUGUUCUUUCGAUAGUUGGUCCAGGGGGUCUUGGGAAGACAACACUCACACAACAUAUAUAUGAAGAAGCAAAGAGCCACUUCCAAGUCCUGGUAUGGGUAUGUGUCUCUCAGAAUUUCAGUGCAAGUAAGUUGGCACAAGAAAUCAUAAAACAAAUCCCUAAACUUGACAAUGAAAAUGGAAAUGAAAGUGCUGAAGGUCUGAUUGAAAAAAGAUUGCAGUCCAAACGGUUCUUGCUUGUUUUGGAUGACAUGUGGACAGAUCACGAAAAUGAAUGGAAAAAACUGCUAGCCCCAUUUAAGAAAAUGCAAACAAAAGGUAACAUGGCAAUAGUCACAACAAGGAUACCGAAGGUGGCACAAAUGGUUGCAACAGUAGGCUGUCAAAUAAGAUUAGAACGGUUAAGUGAUGAAGAAUGCAUGUGUUUCUUCCAAGCAUGUGUGUUUGAUGACCAGCAAACAUGGGAAGGGAACCCUAAUUUGCAUGAUUUUGGGUGCGAAAUAGUGAAGAGAUUGAAAGGUUUCCCUCUUGCAGUUAAAACUGUCGGUAGAUUACUGAAAACUGAACUUAACACAGACCAUUGGAGAAGGGUACUUGAGAGUAAAGAAUGGGAAUAUCAGGCCAAUGAGGAUGAUAUCAUGCCAGCAUUAAAGCUUAGCUAUAACUAUCUUCCUUUUCAUCUACAACAAUGUUUUGCCCACUGUGCCUUGUUCCCUGAAGAUUAUGAAUUUGGAAGGGAAGAGUUAAUCCACUUGUGGAUAGGACUAGGGCUGUUAGGCCCCGACGAUCAAAACAAGAGACUUGAAGAUAUUGGACUAGAUUAUUUAAGCGACUUGGUUAAUCAUGGCUUCUUCCAUGAAGCAAAAAAAGAGGAUGGCAGCACUUAUUAUGUGAUACAUGAUCUACUCCAUGACUUGGCAAGAAAUGUUUCAGCACAUGAAUGUAUUAGCAUACAAGGGUCUAAUGUGUGGUCAAUACAAAUUCCUGCAUCUAUACAUCACAUGUCAAUCAUCAUAAAUAAUUCAGAUGUCCAGGACAAAGCAACCUUUGAAAAUUGUAAGAAAGGGCUUGAUAUACUUGGUAAAAGACUGAAAGCUAGAAACCUACGUACUUUGAUGUUAUUUGGAGAUCACCAUGGAAGCUUUUGCAAGAUAUUUAGUGGUAUGUUUCGGGAUGCAAAAACCCUUCGUGUCAUUUUCUUAUCAGGUGCAUCGUAUGAUGUGGAGGUUCUGCUGCACAGUUUCUCACAACUUGUCCAUCUUCGUUACUUAAGGAUAAAGGGUUAUGUAUUAAAUUUAAGAAGUUUAUUUGGUAGUAUAUCAAGAUUUUAUAACUUGUUGGUCCUAGAUAUAAAAGAAUGCGACACUUUUGCUCAUAUGGAAGAAGAAGAGAUCUGCUCUUCUACAAGAGAUAUGAGCAACCUAGUGAAAAUUCGUCAUUUUCUUGUGGGAAAUAAUUCUUAUCAUUGUGGAAUUGUUGAGAUUGGGAAACUUAAAUCUAUACAAGAGAUAAGGAGAUUUGAGGUCAAUAGAGAAAAACAAGGUUUUGAAUUGAACCAAGUUGGGAAAUUGAUACAGCUGCAAGGGUCAUUGGAGAUUUGCAAUCUUGAAAAGGUUGGUGGUGCAACAGAGCUGGAAGAAUUAAAAUUAGUCCAUUUGCAACACUUAAAUCGAUUAAUAUUAGGUUGGGAUAGAGACCAGUCUGAUAGGGAUCCAAAAAAGGAACAAGAUGUUCUUGAAUGCCUUAAGCCACACAAUAAUCUUCAACAAGUGUGCAUUAGAGGACAUGGAGGUCACACAUACCCUACUUGGCUAUGUUCAGACCACUCUGCUAAGAAAUUGGAAUGCCUUUGUCUCAAAGGUGUAGCCUGGAAAAGUCUUCCACCUUUGCUAGGAGUGUUGUUGGUGGUCGGCGAAGAGCACCCAAAUGUCACAGGCCAAAUCUUCGAGAAUCUGAAAAGGCUAGAACUUGUCAACAUAGCAACUCUAAGAAAAUGGAGUGCAGAUAGCCCUUUCUCUAAGCUACAGGUACUCACUAUUGAGGAUUGUUUUGAACUUACAGAGUUGCCAUCUCCGCACAUGUUUCCCAACGUACAGGAGAUAUACAUUUCAGAGUGUGAGGAAUUAGUGUCAGUGCCACCAAUUCCUUGGAGUAGUUCUCUGUCCAAAGCCGAACUGUGGAGAGUGGGUAAGAGUAUUGAGAACUUAGAUUACAGCAAAAAGGAACAGAAAAUUCGUGUAGAGUUCAAAAAGGAUGCUCUUGAUCGUGAACUCUGGAAUGUAUUGGCCUUUACUAAUCUGAGUGAAAUAAGGGAGUUCAGGAUUUUUGGAUGCUCACAAGUGCCUCUACAUCACCUGCAACUGCUAAACUCUCUGAAUACCCUGGGUAUAAGUGACUUUAGUAGUGUCCUAUGGCCAACUGAAGGUGAGAAUGAUUCCCCAUUCGAGUUCCCAGUUGAACAGCUCCAGAUAUCAGAUUGUGGUGCCACUGUGAAGGAAUUGGUACAGCUAAUCUCUUAUUUCCCUAACCUCUCAACGUUGGAACUAUGGAAGUGUGGUAACAAGCAGGCAGGAGAAGCAGAGGAAAUAGAAGCUGCAACAGGAGAACAGCUGUCCAUGCCCCUCCAAUUGAAGGAGUUGCUCCAAAAUCAGAGCUCUCUGAGAUCACUGGAAAUAGAAGCUGCAACAGGAGAACAGCUGUCCAUCCCCUCUUUUUACUGCCCUUUCCCGACCUCCCUGCAGUCCCUCGUGCUUGAGGGUGUGAAGGAUGGCAUGCUGACUCUGGCUCCUCUCACAAAUCUGACCAAAUUGGACCUAUAUGAUUGUGGGGGUCUAAGAUCCGAGGACCUAUGGCCUCUCCUUGCCCAGGGCCAUCUCAAGGAAUUACAAAUCUGGGGAGCGCACAACUUACUUGAUGUCCCAGAGCCUUCGCGGAUGUGCGAACAAGUUCUUCCCCAACAUAGCUCCAGGCUGCAGGCGCUUGAAACGGAUGGGGAAGCUGGAGGCGCCGCUGCUGUGCCCGUCGGUGGCCACUUCUCUUCCUCUCUCACCGAGCUAGGGCUUGCUUGGAAUGACGACUUGGAGCACUUCACAAUGGAGCAAUCGGAGGCCCUGCAGAUGCUCACCUCCCUCCAGGUUCUUCGAAUUAAGGGGUACUCUAGGCUGCAGUCCCUGCCAGAAGGGUUAGGUGGGCUUCCCAACCUCAAGAGAUUAGAGAUCUGGUCCUGUGGCUCCUUCCGGUCGCUACCCAAGGGCGGACUUCCAAGUUCACUGGUGGAACUACAUAUCUGGUUCUGUAAGACCAUCCGGUCGCUGCCCAAGGGCACCCUCCCAAGUUCGCUGACAGAACUACACAUAUUUAGUUGCGAUGGCUUCCGGUCGCUACCAAAGGGAAGCCUUCCAAGUUCACUGAAGAUAUUACGGAUCCGCUUCUGUCGUGCUGUCAGGUCGCUGCAUGAGGGCAGCCUCCCGAAUUCACUUCAAAUGCUAGAUGUCACGAAAAGCAACGAGAAGCUACAGAAGCAGUGCCGGAAGCUGCAAGGAACAAUACCCAUAGUUAAGUUCUGAGGCUACUAAUCUAAGGCUGUGAUUGGUGGACCAUUUUGAGCAGAGAUUGAGCAAAUUAUUCACGACAGGGCAUUCUUGACGCAAUCUCCCAUGAUAUCUGCUUGUGAUCCUGGCGUGAAGAGCUUUACGAAAUGCAUAGAUUGGGAUACUGGAAAACCAUAUCAACGCUGUUACAUCAGCAUCGAGAUUUCAAAUGAUGUACCAUUUUCCGUUGGAUUGGAUGAUGUAUACCUCCAGCUGCUGGGAGGUCAUCAGCGUCGGAAUGCUGUCACAGCUGCUUGCGCAGAUCUCUGUCUCCGUACGUAGUCGAGGAUUGGAUAUCUCUGACGUUUGCAGCCAAGCCAACUUAGAGGAGACCCAACUUCCUGGGAGGACCCGAGGAGCCAGUUUCUGACAGCAGAGCCCGGGUUGGAUGGCACAUCCACUGUAUGUUCUCAUCCAUCCAUGGAGGUCAACCUCUGCUGUAACCUGCUCUUGACAUAUCCUUCCCUUGCAGUAGUGCCAGUCAGUCGCUGAUGCUUGAACUAUGUCCCAGCCCAUACUAACUAGCACUAAGGCAUCUUCCAAGGCAUUAUCAGACGUGAUACAAACUGUGAGACAGACCAGAAGGGCCUCUAGCGCUUGUUGUCGGAAUGGCUAAUGACAAGGAGCAUCUUUUGUGUUUGCUGAGCAGCUUGUCUCAGGUUGAACGCCUGACAACGUGCUACCGACGGAGGCGAGCAUCGCCAUGGCAUCGCCAGAGCAACCACCCUCGCGAGAAAGACUCAACUUCCUAGGCGGGAGGAGCCAGUUUCUGACAGCAGAGGAAGCAUCAGUACUCGAUCGGGGCGCAUCCACUGUACUCAUCGAUGGAGCAUAUAUGAGGGCAUCUGCAAAGGCCUUAUCAGAAGUGAAAGAAACCAUCAGACCAUAACAGGCUUCCAGCGCUUGUUGUCAGCAUGGCUAAUGACAAGGAGCAUCUUGCGAUUGCUGAGCAGCUUCACUCAGGCCAAAUGCCUGCCUGACGUCGUGCUACUGACAGAGGCAUCGCAUCGCUGGAGGAACCUACCGCCACGACGCCAGCAGCCUCGUCCCUGAAAGAAUCAUGGAUAGCUGUGGCACACGACCAGGUGCAUCGAGUGCGUGGACAUCCAUUGGCGGCAUCGAUCAGCGGCGCCGAAACCCCAGAGUGCAUUGACAUUUGACAGGUUGGCCGGUCCAUCGUCGAGCUCCGCAAGGAAGGCCGUGUGUCAUCAGGAAUAAGAGAGGAAGGAGAUGCCUACUGUAGGGCAUCCGACAAUGGGAGUGCGCGAUGGCAGAUGCGGGCGCCCGCGCCCGCGCCUCGUCUCGGCUGCGUCGCCGGCUCCAUCCCUUCGUCUUGCCUGCUGUACUGCAACAGCUGGGGGCGCUGGCGUUAGGGGAAGAGCGACCUGGAAGCUGCACUGCACUGAGGUAGGCCGUAGGGAGUGGUGGGUGGUGAUGCUGAAGCUGUACCUGCCGGCUCCUGAUUCCUGAUGAUCCGAGGGACAAUUCGAGAUGGGGGAAAAAAUGUCAAAUGUCUUUCUCUUUUUCUCUCAUAGAUAUUGCUGAUUUAUUGUUUGAGAGAAAUAUUAGUGAACGAAUGACAGAUUGAGCUUAUCAGUGCUUUCUCUCGUGACAAACUAGGGAACAAAUGGUUUUCUAGAUUU